AAAACUUUGGAAUAAUUGUGUUCAAUUAAUGUUUUCGUUUGAUUUGAUCGUUAAAGCAAUUUGACAUUUGUAAAAAAAAAAAAAAUCCCUAGCUUAAAUUACUAGUGACAUAAAAAUUGUGUGAGUGAGAAAUAAAAAAUUCCAGUGACAUGCAAUCAAUCCAUUGAUUAUUUGUUAGUCCAACGGGAAUCGAAAAAUUAUUUUGGCCAAAAACAAUAAUGGAUCAUAAUCAUACAACUUAUGAAAUGACAAAUCCAAGCUCGGAGGAUCGAACUCAAAAUACACAACCUCCUCCACCAAAUGUAUUCUCAAAUAUACCAUUCGUACAAAUUGAUGAUAUUCCACCACCAAAACCAGAUUUUUCCGCUCCACCACCGUAUGAAGUGGCCACAAAACUUCCUACAUAUGAGGAAGUACAGCGUGAGAAAACUUUGCAAGGUGAACCAAUUCCAACUAUUCGGGGUAUGCCACCAACAUGCCCUUCACCGACACAUUUAGCUACGUUUUUAGCUAUUGAUCCAGAAGUGGCUGAUGGGGAUGCCGAUACAAGUUUAUUGGGUACUGAUUUUAUGUUCUUCACAGCAUUUUUAGUCGCGUUCCUUUUCAAUUGGAUAGGAUUUUUAUUGUUGAUGUGUUUUUGUCACACAAUUGCGUCCCGUUAUGGUGCAUUAUCAGGUUUUGGAUUAUCAUUGGCAAAAUGGACAUUGAUUGUUAAACAUUCCACAGAUUUGGCAUCACGUGAAAAUAGUUGGUUAUGGUGGUUAAUUAUGGCGUUUGGUCUACUAAUUUGUGUACGUGCUAUAAUCCAAUAUUUAAAUAUCAAACGUGGCUGGAGACAAUUAUCUACAACUCACCAGGAGCGUUUAUUAUUUUUUUAUUAAUUCUGAGUAUUAAAAAAAAUUAAUAAUAAUAUCAUUUUAUUUUAAAUGUACAGUGUGUGUAAGUUAAAAAGAUAGAGUGACACAUCUAAGUCCUUUUAUUAUUUUAUUUUAAAGGCAUGCGUAUGACGUCACAUGAUGCUAUGUUCUUGUGAUUACACACCGCCAUUUUAUUACAAUCAUGUAUAAUGAUUGGAAGAAAACAAAUUCGAUAUAUAUAUAUCAAAUAGAUCACUUAUUAAUUAAGGAUCAAUAUAAGGUACCUCAUUUUAAUCUCCACAGUUAAAUGUAUCUUCAAUAAAGCGUUUUAGGGGCCGAGUAAAAGUUUUUCUACUUGAAUGGAGUAUUUUGGAGCAAAAAUUGGCGUGGGACACCCGAAAAGAACUAUGUUUUUAUUCCCUAUAAUCAAUGCGUGUAAGAUGAAUGAGGCAUCCUAUAUGUUAAAACAGUUGAUAGUUUUAAUUAAUUAAUUAUUUAUAUUAAUUAUCAAUAUUAAUGUAGUCAAACUGAAUAUCAUUAAAUUAUUCAUUAAUAAGACAGAGUGUCUAAGGAAGGGAAAAUUAUAAUUUUACAAAUAGAAAAAAACAAGUUAGUCUUUAUAAAAAAACCUUUAACGUGUUGACAAAAUUUAAUCAAGCUACAAAACGCAAACAGUCAAAAAUUAUGUUUGACGAAUAUGUUAACCUCAUUUUCUCGUCAAAUAGAAUUUUAGGAUGUAAUUUUAUGAUUAUCGUUUUACGGGAACAACCGCGCUAGUCUGAUAAAAGAUUUGUCUAAA